AUGAAGCUAUCGAUUAUUCUCAUCGGUGUCUCCUCCGCUAUUGCCUUGAGCGAUGUACCGAGUAACAGCUCACUGGUUGCUCGCGAUGGUGGAAGAACACACAUUGGCUAUCGAGUAAUUAAGCAACUCGAUCUGGAAGCUCUUCGCCGAAGCGACGGCGUGGCAGGACUACCUGUUGAACCUGGUGCUAGGCAACUAGGCGUCGGUAUCUAUAUAUCUCCUGUUUUCCACGACUGGCCUCCAAAGCUCGAGGCUGGAAUUGACCCAGCAAAAUAUUGGGAUUGUAGAGUGAUGGCGGAGCCCGGAUUCUGGGAAGGGCUGAAGAAAGCCUGGAUUCCACGCUAUGUUGAGCCCACGGACGCCCUUGGACUACAACUGAACGUGGCACCACCACCAAAGAAAGGCGGCCAGAAUUGUAAUAAGCCUCCCACCCUUUGGGGCAUGCUUCCGUUUAUUAAGAAUCUCAACCGACCCAGAUUUCUGGCAUAUCUUGACAGCUCCCCCAGUUCCUCCCGGUGGUAAGCCCGGGCCAACAGAUGAGCCACCAGAAGAUGACCCAGACUCGUGUCCUAUUGAUCUACCAGAUUUUCCGUUUGGCGAUGGCUAUGGUAGCGGUGGCGACUCCAAUGGCUACGAUGAGAGCUAUCCAGGUGCUGCCAAAGAUAAUAGACCAC